GCAAGCAAGCACCACCAAGAAAGAAAAGAAAGAUAGAACAAAGCUCCAUAGCCACAAGCAUGGAGAACGCCCGAGGAAUUCUCAUCGCCAUACUGGUCGUUCUUCCUCUGCUGCUCCAGGCAGCCAAGAUUUCUCUCUCUCCACCAGAUGGAAACUCGAUUGAUUUCGAGGUAACCGCCAGCGGUUUCCAAAUCUACUCGUGCGUGGAUGUCAACAAAACCGGCCAUCUCUCUUGGGUCCUCGACAGAGCCGAGGCCGAGCUCUUCGACGCCAAAUUCCACAUCCUGAUUGGAUUCCACUACUUUCUUCCAAAACCCGAUGCUGGAGGAGGCCGAGCAACUUGGCAAGACCAUAUCCAACUUAUCCGGAGGCCGAGGCAACAUCGACGAUCUCUUGGUGCAAGCCACCUCUCACAGUGGACACACGCGACUUGGCAGAGCCUCCUACAUCCAGAGGAUCAAAACUCGCGGAGGAACCGCUCCAAGCGAUGA